CCGUCCCUCAAGCUCAACACCCUCAACGAGCACUGUAUUCACUCUCAGAAACCUUCAUUUUAGCACCAAUUCGAAUCACAACCAUGAGUACCACUGCUAGCGUCACCCAGGCACCUGCAAUUACGGCUGAGAAUGUCCUGCGCCUCUUCCCCGAGGUCAACACUACACUUAUUGGCGGCACACACAAUUCCGCUACGAGCGACAAUGAUUUGGAAGGAUAUGACGAAGAACAGAUCCGUUUAAUGGACGAGGUUUGCAUUGUGUUAGACGAGAAUGAUAUCCCAAUCGGAAGCGCGAGCAAGAAAGUCUGCCAUUUGAUGGAGAAUAUUGACCAAGGGCUGCUCCACCGAGCCUUUUCCGUCUUCCUCUUCGACUCGCAGAACCGACUGCUCCUCCAGCAACGAGCCACCGAGAAGAUCACCUUCCCCGAUAUGUGGACGAACACUUGCUGCUCACAUCCGCUGGGGAUACCAGGAGAGACCGGCGUCGGGCUGGAGGCAUCGGUACAGGGCGUGCGUCGUGCAGCGCAGCGCAAGCUGGACCACGAGCUGGGCAUCAAGGCAUCUCAGGUACCUCUGGACAACUUUAAGUUUCUCACAAGGAUACACUACAAAUCGCCCAGCGACGGUAAAUGGGGCGAACACGAAAUCGACUACAUCCUCUUCAUCAAGGCGAACGUUGACAUUGACGCCAAUCUCAACGAAGUCCGAGACACUCGUUACGUUACCCAGGACGAUCUGAAAGCUAUGUUUAAGGACAAGUCGCUCAAAUUCACACCCUGGUUCAAGCUUAUCUGCGAGAGCAUGCUGUUCGAGUGGUGGAAUCACCUUGACUCUGGUCUGGGGAAAUACACAGGAGAGACGCAGAUCCGCCGCAUGUUGUAGACCAACCGAUAUCUCAGUUGUCAAAGUGAAACUCAAGCUAGAUAUUUUGACUGAGAUACCAAGUAAUUGUGCAGUCGGGCUUCAAUUGAGGGGCUACAUGACAGCCUUUUGAUUCCAUUGGUCUGGGGCAAGGCUGAUUCCAAAAGGGCGAUGCAAAAGCAUGCACGCCUUGUUUUCAAAAGAUACCAUGCAGUGUUUUAACCCAAU